AUGUCAUCAACAUCCACACCCGCCAAAGCCCUAGGAUCACGAGCAAUAUCCCAUCUGCGUACUCCUCCACCACUUCACAUCCCCAAGAUGCCCUCCAAUUACCUCCCACCCCAACAAAUCUACCCCCGGAAACAAAGCUCGCAAUCCAAUUCCUCAUUUUCCACCAGCUCCUCCUACAAAAACCCAUCACACGCAUACACCCACCAAGCACUCCAUCCAACGGGCUCUUUCCCACCCCCACAAACAGAAUAUAUGCGCAUGCUCCUUGCUCUCGACGCCAUCCCCACCACACACAACAUCCUCGCCGGUCUAAGUACCUGGCUCUUACUAGCGGGCUUCAUCAUCUUCCCAGGGACAUUCAAUACGUUAUCAAAAUCCCAACUCUCGGGUACAACAGAAACCAUUAUAAACACAGCGCAACAUAUCCCUCUCCUUGUCAUCGCUUCCAUCACCUCCGGUCUUGGCCUCCUAGGUAUGGGGUAUAUAUUCUUUGUUCAUAGAUAUAACUAUAUCUGGCUGUGUAGCAAGGUCUUCAUGCCUGGUGUGAUGAAUAG